AUGGCGAUGACCAGAAGUCACCUCCCUCCCCUCUCGGUUUUCCCACAGGCUCCUCCCCUUUUCGCCGGAGCUCCACCUUCGCUAUCUCCCUUUCCUGUUGCUGUUGCUGCUGCUACUGCUGUAAUUUGCACUUUUAUUCAGAUGCUGCUCAACUGCACGGACUAAGAAUUGGAAAAUACUGACACCUUAAGAUAGAGACAACUGGUACCAGCGCGAGCAUAGUUGUCAAGCAGAUGUAAAUUGUCACUUAAGGCCAUGAGAAAACCACGGCGUAAAGCACAUCAGGAUGUCAGUGGACCACAGUCUUCAUCUCCCUGUUGUUUUUCAUGUUCCCCUACACGAGAGACUUUAACCUAUGCGCAAGCACAGCGAAUGGUAGAUGUUGAAAUUGAAGGACGUCUUCACAGAAUUAGUAUUUUUGAACCUCUUCGGAUUGUUUCAGAGGAUGAACUUACAGCUCAAGAUAUAACAGAGUGCAAUAGCAAUAAGGAAAACACUGAGUUAACUCUUUCUACCAACUGUCGGAAAGCUUUCACCAAAGGUAAAAAGCGUGAAAUUUGCCCAAAACAUGCAGUGAAUGCUAAUUUGGAACAACUGCCACAGCCUGUAUUUCGUGUAGUAGAGUCAGUUUCUUUAGAAAACACACUGGAAACAUUUAUUUUGCCUGACAGACUUUAUCACUAUAUAGAACGUCCUGUGGAAGAGCUAGAAAAAGAUAUUGAGUAUGAUCUUGAUGAGACUGAUCUAGCUUGGUUGGAUAUAAUCAAUGAGAAACGCCAGAAUGAUGGCUUUUCUUUGGUACCUGCUGACACAUUUGAACUUUUGUUAGAUAAGUUGGAAAAGGAGUCUUACCAUCAAAGCCGCUGUAUUGGUGUGACACAUUCACCUAUUGAUGAAAAUGCUUUUUGUUGUGUAUGCCUGGACGAUGAGUGCCAUAACAGCAAUGCAAUCUUAUUUUGUGAUAUGUGCAACCUUGCAGUUCAUCAAGAGUGCUAUGGUGUACCAUAUAUUCCAGAAGGGCAGUGGCUCUGCCGUUGCUGUCUGCAGUCACCAUCGAAACCCGUAAGUUGUGUGCUUUGCCCUAAUCAGGGUGGAGCCUUUAAACAGACUACUGAUGGAAGAUGGGCCCAUGUAGUAUGUGCAAUCUGGGUUCCAGAGGUAUGUUUUGCCAAUACAGUGUUUUUGGAACCUGUUGAAGGUGUGGAUAAUAUUCCACCUGCUCGGUGGAAGCUAACCUGUUACCUUUGUAAACAGAAAGGGUGUGGGGCAUCAAUUCAAUGUCACAAGGUAAACUGUUAUGCAGCAUUUCAUGUCACAUGUGCACAGAGAGCUGGGCUAUUUAUGAAGGUGGAACCACUACGUGAAACUGGGCUAAAUGGCACUACAUACACCGUUCGCAAGACUGCAUAUUGUGAAGCUCAUCGCCCGCCUGGCACUGAACAGAAAGAACCUUUCAAAAGCUAUCUUGAAGACGUAGAUGACCAGGGACAGAUAAUAAAAGAUAAAGAUGAAAAAUAUAAGAAGAGGAAAAGUGGAAAGAAGUUCCAUGAGAAAAUGUUUGAAGAGAAUAACAUAGAACCAGUCCGUAGAAGAGGUCCUGUGCCACUUAUGACUGUCAUACAGAUUCCUUUGUGUAGGUUAAUUAAGAUUUCUAGUGGAAUUUGCUUGCAAAAAAAGACUCAAUUUCUACAAAAUCUGCAUAGUUAUUGGCUACUGAAACGUCAGUCUAGGAAUGGGGCUCCUCUUAUCCGAAGACUUCACUCACAUAUGCAGUCCCAAAGAGGUGUCGGACAGAAAGAAAAGAAUACUCAGUCUUCAUCAGUUAAGGAGGCAAUAAAGUACUGGCAAAAACUUCGGCAUGAUCUUGAAAGAGCCAGAUUGCUUACAGAAUUAAUUCGUAAGAGGGAGAAGCUGAAAAGAGAACAAGUAAAGUUAGACCAGGCAGCUUUGGAGUUGCAGUUGACUCCAUUCAAUGUAUUCCUCCGGACUACUCUGGACUUAUUGCAGGCGAAAGACUCAGCCAAUAUCUUUAACGAACCUGUUAACCUCAAGGAGGUACCAGACUACAUGAAUUUUAUUUUGCACCCCAUGGACUUUUCAACAAUGCGCCACAAACUAGAAUGUCAUCAGUAUCCAUCCUUUCUAGCUUUUGAGAAUGACUUUAAUUUAAUGGUUUCUAACUGUUUGCGAUAUAAUUCGCGAGAAACUGUGUUUCACCAAGCUGCUUUACGCCUUCACCAAUUGGGAACAGCAAUACUGUGUAAUGCAAGGCACCAAGCAGAAAGCAUUGGAUAUGAUUCAAGCACACUGAUGCAUCUUCCAGAGAAGCUUCAUGCUGAUGACUACUAUCGCUUUUCAUGGGAAGAGGUGGAUGAACUUUUGCGUCCAGAAAACAGAGCCCAUCUUCCCCCUGAAUAUCAGCUCAAGGAACUCUUGGAGAAAUUGGACAUAGUCAGCAACAUGCGAUCUAGUGGAGCCCGCACAAGACGCUUGAAAUUGUUACGAAGGGAAAUUAAUAUUUUACAACAAAAACUAAUCCGUAAUAAAGACUUUCUGGAGGCUUGCCCAGAUGGAAAAUCAAUGCAUCCUCCUAUGCUUGAGCCAGCAAAUCCAAGUCAGCCAAUACAAAAUGCCACAGCUUAUGAGCACCCACCUUCUCUACAACGUAUAGCACAUCCUGCCCAUGAUCAGGCAAAUAAUUUCUCCCCCAUGCAGAAUUUGAGAAGGAGAACUUCUGUUACAUUGGGAAGACUCCUAAAUGAAACAAAAACAUCUGUUAAAACUCGACAAUCUUUGAGUGGAAAUGAAAGUGAUGAAGAGAAAAUUGACUAUCAUCCACCUGCAGAAGCCACUAAUGGAGUUGCAGGAAUUCGUUUAGAUUCAGUUAAGAGUUUUGAAUGCACUGGAGAAUUAACCUUAUAUAACUCUGGCAGUUUGGCUCCUCUAGGAAAACCAGCACUCUCACACAUACCUCUGCUUGAAACCAUGAAUUGUGAUGACAAUCGAGAAAGCUGCCGGAUGUCAUUUGAAAGUUGCACAGAACUUAAACCCCUUCAGUUAGUUUGGGCUAAAUGUCGUGGCUAUCCUUCUUAUCCUGCCUUGAUUAUAGACCCCAAUAUGCCUAGGGAAGGCUUACUUCACAAUGGAAUACCUAUUCCUGUACCACCGCUAGACGUCCUGAAGCUGGGGGAACAGCGGCAGCUGGAAAAUGCUGGACAGAAACUCUUCCUGGUUUUAUUUUUUGACAAUAAAAGAACAUGGCAGUGGCUUUCUACAGAUAAGGUUCUACCUUUGGGAACUGAUGAUACAGUGGACAAGCUAAAAAUGUUGGAAGGCAGAAAGACAAGUAUCCGCAAGUCUGUGCAGGUGGCUUAUGAUCGUGCCAUGUCCCAUCUGAGCCGUGUUAGAGGCUACCAUCCAUUUAUAGCCUCAAACUACUUAUACUAAUUCUACUGAUUCUGUAAUAGGAAGUAUUGUACACUUUUUUGUUAUAGACGGCCUCGUAUAUAAAAACCAGUAGAUAGAAGGUUUCAGAGUAGCCUGUCUGAUUCCAGCUUUCAUUUUUUAAUUGCAGUUAAAUAAAUAAAAGAAAGCUGACUUUUUCCCUGGGCAUCGCUACACUAUUUAUUUGCAAAGGUUUUAUAAACAAGACCCUAGAGUUUUCUUGAUGAAUCCUAAAACCUAUGUCUCCAUGUGAAUUUCACCUAUCUUGCUGUUUACUAAGAAAUCUUUCAUACAGUGACCAUUAUGAGUUCUUUGUGCCAAAUUACUGAACUGAACUGCAUGUUAUAGUAAACACCAUACCCAUGUCUAUAUGUAGAAUAGUGUGACAUGGUUUGCCUAAUUUUUUCAUUUUUUAAAUGUGGUAUGUUGCCAGAUUUUAAAAUUUACCAAAGCAUACAAUGAGUUACAAGCUUGUAAAAUAAUAUAAUACCCACUUCAUAUUUUAUUACAAGUAUGAUUUUUGAAUAUUAGAGUUUAAUUGGAACUGUCUAUUUCACAGAGCUAUAUUAUAAAUAAAUUGCUGGCUUCAAAAAUAUCAUGAAAUAGUUCAUCUAAAAUAAAGUUGGAAAAAUAUAACUUGCUUUAUUAAAUUGGAUAAUAUGUGUGUGAA